GCUUGGCUCGCUGAGAAAGAUGGUGUCUGCUACAUACUCCAAACACCGUGAUGCAGAUAGGGGCUGAGGUCACCUUGACAUGCUUGUCGUCUUUCCCCAUGGGGUAGUUGGCAUCGAGAUCUGUCGGCAGAGCAUUCAAGCCAGUUCUGGCUCUCCCCGCAAUCUUAGCUUCCUCACACGCCUCUCUUUGUGUUGAAGUUUAGCAUCUCGGCCGGUAUAUAGAUGCGCAGUCCAUCAUCACCUAUCUCCUAUUCUCUCUCUCCACUAAACAGUACACCUCUCCUUCUCUCACCGCUUGAAAGAGAAGAGCUCUCGGGAGUCUCGGCCUAAUCCCCAAACGUACUAAAGCCAACGCAUCCACGCACCACCAACCCAAAAUGGCAGACGUGGAAAAGAAGAGCGAGUCUUUGGGCGACGCCGUCUUGGUUGAGGACAACCUCGACACGCUGCUCUACGACGAAGAUGGCCACUUGCGCAAACUCCCAAUCCCAUCGUCGGACCCCAAUGACCCGCUCAAUUUCACCGUCUGGCGCCAUCGCCUGAUCCUCGCGGCAGUCACCAUCUACGGCAUAGCUGCAUUUGGCCUUGUUCAGAGCACGCCUCUGUUCUUUGGAAAACUUAUCCCCGAGUACAUGGCUCAAACACACGGCACCUUCGAUCCUGCUCGUAUCGCUGACCUUGCGAGCUAUCCGUCGCUCUGCAUGGGUCUCGGUAAUUUCUUGUUCGUCCCGCUAUCCAUGGCUUUGGGACGUCGUGGGGCAUUGCUCUUGAGCAACACCAUUCUUCUCGGCGCCGUCAUCUGGGCAGCCAAGUCCACCUCGUUUGAAUCUCACCUUGGAGCCCGAUGUCUACAAGGAUUGACGGCUGGCGUUGCAGACUGUCUACUACCAAUCAUUGUAUUGGAUAUUUCCUUCCUCCACCGACGUGGCGCCCGUCUCGUGGUUUACUGGACAUCCACAGCUGUCGGCUCAUCCUUGCUUCUGGUAGCUGUGCCCUUCAUCGUCGACCAUGCUGAUGGGGACUGGCGCGUGUCAUAUUGGUUCUGGACCGCGUUCGUCGCUCUCUCACUUAUCCUCGUUACUUUCUGCCUUCCGGAGACGCUAUUCCACCGCCGUGCCACGUCGUUCAGAGGCCAAAUCCACGCCACGGACACGUACGGAACACAUCGGGUUUUUUACACUGCAGAGGACGCAACGGCCGCCGGUUUCGUUAUUGAUGACGGCAGUAAUGGCGAUCCGCAAGUGACUGCUGAAAAGUCUUACCGCCGCCAGUUUGCUCCCAUCCAUCUUCAGCGGCCAGGGCCGUUUGGCCGCUUUGUCCGCGCCUACAGGGAGAUUUUCCUCUGCCUCAUCAUUCCCGGCACGCUAUGGGUCUUGGCCCUCAACAGUAUAUUGUUUGGCGGAAUCGUCGUCCUCAGUCUUACAUACAGCCAGCAGCUUGAGAUGGCGCCGUGGCACUUCUCUCCUUCAAGUGUCGGUACGGUGCAGGUCGGCUCCGCCAUCGGGUCACUGGCUGCUCUCUUGAUCGGCUCCUUCGCGGAACCCAUCAGCGGUUACUUUACGCGCCGUAACAAGGGCAUCCGCGAGCCUGAGCACAUCCUACCCAACUUUAUCCUCCCGAGCAUUUUGGUAUUUGCCGGCCUGACUCUGUAUGGCGUCGUUGGUGCGCAUCCGGAGAAGUACAGCUGGGUUGGGAUUCACGCUGCAUUUGCCUUGUUCUACUGUGGGUUUUGUGCCAUUUCUGCCAUGACUGGUAUGUGGCUUGGAGAACUUCUCCCAACAAUGUCCGGUCCAGCUAUUGUCUUGGCAUGUGGAGGGAGGAAUGCAGUGGCUUUUGGCUUCGGUGACUCGCUCCAUGGAUGGAUAGCCGACAUUGGGUUUUUCGAGACCCACGUCAUGAUGGGUGGAAUUCUCUUACUCCUUGCAUGCUUUUUGUUUCCACUUUACUUUUUCAACAGGAGGAUUCGGAAGGCCAUGGCGUCACUACGCUGGUUGAAGUGAUUUUGCAAUUCGGAAUAUUGUUCAGAAUGUCAAUUUCAUGUUGGAACCAGUCUGGACUGUUUUUUUCCUUAUCAGGCAUAUUUUAUUAGGAUUAGCUUCACGCGUAUUAUCCAUACCAUCAAAUUGAUUCCACCUCAGCCUGAUGAACUGCAAGGAUUUUUUUCGCGACUACUCUGGUCUACUCUUCUCUCAGCG